AUUUGUCUCCUUUCUCUUACAAAUUUGAUUCCUGAUUUGGGUCUUUGUUAAAGAUCAACAAGUUUUUUUUUUUCCUCCAUUAAUGGACGAAGUUUCUCCUGCAGUCGCUGUUCCAUUCAGACCAUUCACUGAGCCUCACGCCGGAAUUAGAGGCUAUUGCAACGGCGAAUCUAGGGUUUCGUUACCGGAAAGUUCUUGUUCCGGUGACGGAGCUAUGAAAGAUUCAUCCUUUGAAAUCAACACGAGACAAGAUUCACUAACAUCAUCAUUAUCAUCAACGUCAUCAUCUGCUGUACCUGAUGUUACCGUGGAUAUCUCCACCGGAGAUGAAAUCAACGGCUCAGAUGAGUUUGAUUCGAGAUCGAUGAAUCAGAGUGAGAAGAAAGUACUGAGUAGAACAGAGAGUAGAAGUCUGUUCGAGUUCAAGAGUGUUCCUUUAUAUGGAGUGACUUCGAUUUGUGGAAGACGACCAGAGAUGGAAGAUUCUGUCUCAACGAUUCCUAGAUUCCUUCAAGUUUCUUCAAAUUCGUUGCUUGAUGGUCGAGUCACUAAUGGAUUUAAUCCUCACUUGAGUGCUCAUUUCUUCGGUGUUUACGAUGGCCAUGGUGGUUCUCAGGUAGCGAAUUAUUGUCGUGAGAGGAUGCAUCUGGCUUUGACGGAGGAGAUAGUGAAGGAGAAGCCGGAGUUUUGCGACGGUGACACGUGGCAAGAGAAGUGGAAGAAGGCUUUGUUCAACUCUUUUAUGAGAGUUGACUCAGAGAUUGAACUCGUGGCGCAUGCUCCGGAAACAGUUGGGUCCACCUCGGUGGUUGCAGUUGUCUUUCCAACUCACAUCUUUGUCGCCAAUUGCGGCGACUCGAGGGCGGUUUUGUGUCGCGGCAAAACGCCCCUCGCGUUAUCCGUUGAUCACAAACCGGAUAGAGAUGAUGAAGCGGCGAGGAUAGAAGCAGCCGGAGGGAAAGUCAUCCGGUGGAACGGGGCUCGUGUUUUUGGUGUGCUCGCAAUGUCAAGAUCCAUUGGCGAUAGAUACCUAAAACCGUCAGUAAUUCCGGAUCCAGAAGUGACUUCAGUCCGGCGAGUCAAAGAAGACGACUGUCUCAUCUUAGCAAGUGACGGUCUUUGGGAUGUAAUGACAAAUGAAGAAGCGUGCGAUUUGGCUCGGAAAAGGAUUUUGUUAUGGCACAAGAAGAACGCGAUGGCCGGAGAGGCUUUGCUUCCGGCCGAGAAAAGAGGAGAAGGAAAAGAUCCUGCAGCAAUGUCUGCGGCCGAGUAUUUGUCGAAGAUGGCUUUGCAAAAAGGAAGCAAAGACAAUAUAAUGUGGGUUUUGGUUGCUGCUAGGGUUUCGCUCGAAGCAUACUUGUAUUUUGGUCUUGUGUAUAAUUCAGAUGUUCUCAUUAUUAUGAAUGCAGGAAAAUUUGAAGAUCUGGGUCAUAUCCAUAAGCAAGAGCUGAAUCAUGGACGAAAGUGUGCAAGUGAAUAUUGUAUCUGUUUUAUUGCAGAUACUAAAUUUGUAUCUGGAAAUGGUAGAACCGAGCUGGCUAAGUUCAUUGCUGAUAGGCAUACCAAACUAAUGAAACAAGCCGCUCGAUAUUAUUCUGCACUUAAAGAUGUUAUGGCUCGUGGGAAAAGAAGAUAUACACUUGUAAAAGAUGUUGACGACAUGGAAACAGGAGCAUAUGACAAACCUCUUCCAUGCUUUGGUUGUGGAAUCGGAUGGUUCUCCUUUCUCCUGGGAUUUAUGUUCCCACUUUUGUGGUACUAUGCUGCAUUUCUUUACUUCGGGAACUAUUACCGCAAAGAUCCUCGAGAAAGAGCCGGUCUUGCUGCUUCCGCAAUCACUGCGAUGGGAUUCUCUCUUGUGUUACUCGUGAUUUUUGCUUUCCGGUGGUUUUACUAUCCUUAAGAUAUACAAGUAACUAUGUAAUUUAUCAUUCAUACCUAUAAGUUCCGUGUUCAUAGAGGAAUGGUCGCGGAAGUUGAUGUCUCAUGUACAUUCACAUAAACCAAUGAAUUUUACUUCGAUCU